CAACUAUUGAAGAAACGGUGAUCACUAAAGAAGUUAUUCAAGAAGAGAAAGUACCAGUCGAAGAACAACCAAAACAUCCAACUGAUCAAACUUUACUUGUCGAAGAAAGGAUUGAAAAAAAACCUCUUGAAGAGGUAAUUAAAACUGUUCAAGAUGAAGACAUCAUUGAACAACAAAAACCAACGAUAACCAAGACAACUGAAGAGACGUUUGUGACAGAAAUGAUCGUCCCAGUAGUACCCACUAUGGUGCCUGAAGAAGAAAUCAAAACUGUUGAAGAACAGUUAACGU